GCGACGGGAGCCGGGGCGGGGCGGGGCGGCGGCGGCGGCCAGCGAGGGAGCGCGCGGGCGGCCUGGCCCCGCCCCCGGCCCGCCCGCCCCGGUGACCUUCAGGGCCCGGGCGGCGGGCGCAGGCCCCGGCGGCGGCGCGAUGUUCGUGCAGGAGGAGAAGAUCUUCGCGGGCAAGGUGCUGCGGCUGCACGUCUGCGCGGCCGACGGCGCCGAGUGGCUGGAGGAGGCGGCCGAGGACACCUCGGUGGAGAAGCUCAAGGAGCGCUGCCUGGAGCACUGCACUCAUGGGAGCUUAGAAGACCCCAAGACCGUGACCCAUCACAAAUUAAUACACGCUGCCUCGGAGAGGGUGCUGAGUGACGCCAAGACCCUCCUGGAGGAGAACGUCCAGGACGAGGAUGUCUUGUUGCUGAUCAGAAAGCGUACCCCAGACCCCCUCCCCAAGAUGGCAGACGUCUCAGCAGAAGAAAAGCAUGACCCGAUAGAAGGUCAGGAGGUCGCUGAAGACCACCCACAAAACCGAGAACACGGAUGCAGGGGCAGCAGCCAGGCCGGGGCCACCUGCGCUGAGUGGCUUUUGCGGGACAGGAUGGACAUCCUUGGAGUUGCUGCUCCGCCGAGUGCUCCCUCUGGCGCGGGCGCCCUGGGAAGACCGUGUGGGUCGUCACCUGCACAGGGGCUGCCCCCGAAGCUCACUCCUCAGAGAGCCCGGCGUAGGAGGCUCGUCUGCCCAGGGUCGUGCAGCCGUGAUGGCCAGGAGCAGGGUCUUGGGGCCGACGGGUGCCUGCUGCAGAGUCCAAAGAAACAAGAGCAGAAAGCCCCGGACAGAGAUGCUAUCUUCCGAGCCACCGCCAACCUGCCCUCCUACAACAUGGACCGGGCCGUGGUGCAGACCAACAUGAGAGACUUCCAGACGGAGCUGCGGAGAAUCUUGGUGUCUCUCAUCGAGGUGGCACAGAAGCUGCUGGCGCUGAACCCGGACGCUGUGGAAUUAUUUAAGAAGGCAAACGCCAUGCUGGAUGAGGACGAGGACGAGCAUGUGGACGAGGCGGCCCUGCGGCAGCUCACGGAGAUGGGCUUUCCCGAGAACAGAGCCGUGAAGGCCCUGCGGCUGAACCACAUGUCGGUGCCCCAGGCCAUGGAGUGGCUCAUCGAGCACGCGGAAGACCCCACCAUAGACACGCCGCUUCCAGGCCCAGCCUUGCAGGGAGAGGCGGGCGCUGAGGCCGCCCCUGCCCCCGUCGCUGCCGGAGCCAGCGCGGAGGACGAGGAGGCCAGAGACGAGCUGACGGAGAUCUUCAAGAAGAUCCGGAGGAAAAGGGAGUUCCGCCCCGACGCCCGGGCUGUCAUUUCCCUGAUGGAGAUGGGAUUCGACGAAAAGGAGGUGAUAGAUGCCCUCAGAGUGAACAACAACCAGCAGAACGCCGCCUGCGAGUGGCUGCUGGGGGACCGUAAGCCCUCUCCCGAGGAGCUGGACCAGGGCAUCGACCCCGACAGCCCUCUCUUUCAGGCCAUCCUGGACAACCCCGUGGUGCAGCUGGGCCUGACCAACCCCAAAACCUUACUAGCGUUCGAGGACAUGCUGGAGAACCCGCUGAACAGCACGCAGUGGAUGAAUGACCCCGAGACGGGCCCGGUCAUGCUGCAGAUCUCCCGCAUCUUCCAGACGCUCAACCGCGCCUAGGCCGCGCCGCCCGCCACAGGCCCGGGCCUCUUCCCCUUCCCAGCCCAGGGGGGAAAGCGUGCGGGCCCCGGGCCCCCUUGGGCCGGGGAGGGGAGGAGGGCGGGCCGGCGGGGACCCGUGCGCGCGCCUGCAUCUUCCUGCUGAAACUCUCUGUGGGGCAGCGCUCGGCGGCCUCCGCCUCUGACAGUGUUUACAGACUAGGUCGUCACCCCGGGAAGGGGUCGCCUCCCUCCCUUUGGGCUCUUGAAACGCUACUUGAAUUGACCUGUAGGCGCUGCUUGUAGAGUCCACUUGGUAUUUGAAAGAAGGCAUGUUUCAAUCCGAAGGGUUCAUGUCAAAGGUACUAACUUAAGUAGAAGAAUUCACAGAUGACUUUUCUUUAAUAAAUAAAUUCCCCUUUUCCAA